AUGCAUCAAUCCAUCAUCGCCAUCACCGCGAUCCUCGCCGCUGCCUUUGCGCUGGACGACUGCGAGGUCACCUACAACCAAUGCGUCACUUCCGGCCAGGCUGAGGUCAAAUGCUCCUGCGACCGCACUGCUUGCUAUGGGGAAGAUGCGGCUCGGAUACGAGAAUGGUGUGCCAGUGCAAUCGCCAACCUGACCACCUCAACAACAACCACUCCAACAUCGACCUCCACAACCUCCCAGAUCAUCAUCAUCACUGGCACCCCAGGAAGCCAACCCCAAGGCCAGCCACCCAUCACCGCAGCAGAAGGCUCUCUCCUACUCGGCGAAACCUGCUCUGACGACCGCCAAUGUGCCAAUGGAGUCGAAUGCUGGGGAAGCCACUCGGGUAUCAUCAGACGGUGUGGAAACUUCAACGCUGGCUGUUCCAACAAUACGCAGUGUGCCUACAAUACCUGCAACAAUGGGCUUUGCAAUGGGUUUCUGGAGUCUUCUGCUAUGCCGGCCUUGACGCAGUCUCAGACCUUGUCAAACGCUACUUGGACGAGCUAUCCAAGCGCGUCGAUCUCUCAGAGUGCCAAUGGGACAUUGCCAGUGCUGCCUACGAGCUCCUAG